GGUACCAUUUAGAUAACGAAAACGACAUUAUGAUUCUUCACAAAUUAUUUGUUGUGUUGGUUUGGCUUGUGAUAAACUUUUUAGGAAAAGGACGAUGUGAAAUGUCUAUAGAAGAUCUGCACCGGGAUGUACUGGAACUUCGUAAGCUGAUUGGCGAGGUGACCACAACGAUCGCUACUCAGAACAGUCGCAUCGCCUAUCUCCAACGCACCCUCAAUCGUCAACGAUCUCAUUGUCAUCGUGAGAAACUACAAAAAGAAGUUCAGGACACCAAAGGUUCCAUAAAUUAUAGCGUUGCAAAGAAUAACCCGAAUACAAUAGUAAUGACGAAUAAUGGGUCGGGUGUCGUAUCCAGCAAUCGGGGAGACUUCCGAUCAUCCGGACGUCGACCGUCAGUCGAAACCCAACAACUUCCGUUUCAGUCUUCUCUUGUUCGUAAAGGGCGGUUGUUGAUACCCCAGCUCACUCAGCCACCACACCCCUCACACAACGCCACUGCCUUCUACGCUUAUCUGUCCUCUGACGUGGCCCACCCUGGACAGGGACAGAUUCUGAAAUUUGACGCCGUGAAAACAAACGCAGGAAAUGGGUACCACCCAAACUCGGGGGUUUUUAUCGCUCCAGAAACUGGCUAUUACGUCUUCAGUUGGACGUCGAGGAUCAAACAUUACGGUAGCACGGGCGAAGACCAUGCUUUGGAGCUUAUCAUAAACGGUCAGAUUUUUGGAAGUAUUUAUAUGAAGUCUCUGACAGGCGAAGAUGGACAGGCGACUGGUUUAGCCACUGCGCAUGUCAACAAAGGUGAUGACGUUUACAUUCAAACACACCACCAGGACCCGGGGUCUGGAGCUAUACGGAGUGACUUUUAUGGAAGAUCUUCCUUCACAGGAUGGAAACUGUACUGAAAACCAUAAAUGCUUUAAAAAGACAUAACAA